CCUGCCCCAGAAAGGACACCUAAACCAUGUCAACGUGGAAGAAGUCUUUGAGGCGCCAAAUGCAGCAACUCGCCACUAGAACGCCGAGGAAACAUCGCCGGAGCUUCACGGACAUCCACCUCCUCCAUCCGAUCGCUGACGCUGUCCGAGGAAGAAAACACUGCCGCCGGUCACACGAGCGAUCACGCCAUCAACUGCAGCAUCACGUGCACGUCCUCGCCGAGACUGGAGACCAGCAAAUAGACGCCAACAUCCACGCUCGACUCGCCACUUCACCAUCGUCGACCAGGUCCGGCCUCUAUUGCCCGGAUUGCAACGAGUGCGAUUGCGACGACUGUCUGAACACCGACCAAGGUUAUUCUGAAGACGAGUAAGGAAUACCGUAGGUUGCGAGCUUACACCCAACAUGUUCGCCUGUGGCGUGAUGGAGCUCUUCGUUUAUUUAUUUGCUGCUUGAACUAUGUUAUUUUCAGCUAGCCUUGAGCUAUGCGCUUUGUAAUAAU